UUGAACAAAUACUGGACCUGUUUCCGAUGUAUUUAGUCUCCAUGGAUCUUUUGUCUGUCCCGACUCAUCCUCUGAAAAGGAUACUGUGAUCGUCAGUGUCGGACAUUGGAGACGGGACAGGUUGCAGUUGUAAUUGAGAACUUGUUCUCAACUGGCCUACCUGGUUAAAUAAAGAUACUGGAAUGCUCUGUAUGAGGUAAGGUUGCUUUGAAGCCAACAUGGAGUUAAAGAAGGAUCAUGAGUGGCCCCCAGGGGAGCCCGCUCCUACUCCCCCCAACUCUGUCUGCUGUAGGAACAUCACCCUGGCUUUUAUCCUAGUGUUAUUCAUCAGCGUCUUUGUGGGCUUGUUGGUUGCAUACUUGGUGGAAGAGGAGCAUUACUUCAUGGAGACGGUAGAGUUGAAGGGUCUCAAGUAUGGUCCUGACCUGCAAGAUGAAAGCUCUGCAUUCUCUAUAGUGCUCACUUCUACUCUAAAGACUAAGAUCAAGAAUAUUUUCAUUGCCUCAUCAAUAGCACAUCACUAUAUCGACUGUAAUAUUGUUACCUAUGGUAACAUCAAUGGCGAUGUGAUGGCCACAUAUCGACUGGUCUUCAGCGUGUCCAAGGUCCAGCAGUACUCUGAUAACUUUAUUCAGGACCUUUUGAGGGUAGGACUGAACGCCCUGUUUCAUGGGAAGUCCAUAAAAGUGCCUGAGUUUGGAGAGAUCAACACUAUUGUUUUACUGGGGGCCAGUGGGAAGUCAUUCUAUAACAUUGGAGACGAUAUGGCCAGCUGUCCUGACAACACUUUUACCUGUGACAAUGGGGAGUGUGUCACCAAGGUCAAUGCCGAGUGUGAUUUCAUCCCGGACUGUGCCGACGGCUCUGAUGAAGCAUACUGCUCCUGUGGGACACGCCCGGCCAUGGGCAGUAGAAUAGUGGGUGGAGUGGAUGCCCGUCCUGGGGAGCUGCCCUGGCAGGUCAGUCUGAGGCUGCAUGGCAGACACAACUGUGGAGCCUCCAUCAUCAACAGCCAUUGGCUUGUCACUGCUGCUCACUGCUUCGAGAAGGACAAUGACCCAAAAGAAUGGACAGCCCUGGUAGGAGCCAGCCUGGUGAGUGGAGAAGAGUCAGAAGCCAUCUCUGUGAACAUCAAGUCUGUGUUUGUGUCCCCAGACUACAACCCUAUGACCACUGACAACGAUGUGACCAUGCUGGAGCUUGAGAUCCCCCUCACUUUCAGCCCCUACAUUCAGCCUGUCUGUCUGCCCUCCUCCUCCCAUGUCUUCAGCCCAGGCCGGAACUGUGUGGUGUCAGGCUGGGGGGCUCUCAACCAGCAUUCCUUUGAUACGCCACCAUCUCUACAGAAGGCAGUGGUUAAUAUCAUUGAUUCAAAGGUCUGCAACAAGUCGUCCGUUUACAGAGGCUCUGUGACCGACAACAUGAUGUGUGCUGGCUUCCUACCAGGGAAGGUCGACUCCUGUCAGGGUGACUCUGGAGGGCCAUUGGUGUGUGAGGAGGCCCCAGGGCGGUUCUUCCUCGCUGGGGUGGUGAGCUGGGGCGUGGGCUGUGCUCAGAUCAACAGGCCAGGGGUCUAUUCCCGCGUCACCAGGCUACGCAACUGGAUCCUCAGCCAUACCAACCCUGGCAUGGUCCACUACCCUGCCCACACCCCGCCAAUGGUGCCAGUUACGACACCAACAGUCAGUCCUAUUUCCAAGACAAUGGUAGCAGCCCCACUCCUGCAUGGUGUGAACUGUAGUGAGAACUUCAAGUGCAGGGCUGGGGAGUGUGUCAGCAAAAUGAACCCUGAGUGUGAUGGUGUCAUUGACUGCUCUAACAAGGCUGAUGAGAAGAACUGUGACUGUGGCAUGCGUCCGGCAGUGGGCUCCCAGAGGAUUGUGGGUGGCUUGACAGCACGGAGGGGGGAGUGGCCAUGGAUUGGCAGCCUGCAGUAUCAACGCUUACACCGCUGUGGAGCCACUCUCAUACACUCUAAGUGGCUCCUGACUGCUGCCCACUGCUUCAAAGGUAACUCCAACCCUGUUGCCUGGUCAGUGAGUCUGGGUUCAGUGCUGAGGUCCGGGGUGGGAGCUCUGGUUAUCCCCAUCCAGAGGAUCAUACUGCACCCGGGCUUCAACAGCACCAACAUGGAUUAUGAUGUGGCCCUGCUGGAGAUGGCUGUCCCAGCACCCAGGUCCUACACAAUCCAGUUGGUUUGCCUCCCCUCUCCUGUACACAGCUUUCUGAAGAACACCGAGUGCUACAUUACUGGCUGGGGCUCCAUGAGGGAGGGAGGUUCUCUGACCAACCUGCUCCAGAAAGCUGAUGUGAACAUCAUUGAGCAGUCAGACUGCCAGCAGGCAUACGGCAACAGCCUCACCCCAAGCAUGAUGUGUGCCGGCUACAUGGAGGGGGGCAAAGACACAUGCCUGGGAGAUUCUGGUGGCCCCUUGACAUGUCGUGAAUUCUCUGGCCAGUGGUUUGUUGCCGGGGUAACUAGCUGGGGACAUGGCUGCGGACGGACUGCUUUCCCAGGAGUCUAUAUGCGGGUCACUGCCAUCAGGGAAUGGAUAUCCAACUAUCUGCACUUCUGAGGCUAUGGAAGAGAGAAGGAAUUGAGACUGACAGAGACAUCAUACAAUACUCGAGGACACAAAAUGGGUUUUCUACAUUGCAGCCACCACUGGCAUGUGUGUGUUACUGGUAAAGGAAGAUAUGCCACCAGUAAACUGCCUGGAGGGUCCAGCUGAAAGUUUAAUCUUGGACAAUAAAUGUGGAUAACUGGUCCAUGGACAUUUUACUACAACAUACAUUAUUAAAUGGGGAAGUGUAUUUAUUUUAGUCUAUCUGGGUCCAAAAAUAUAUUUCAUUUUAUUGGCAUUUACCCAACUGUCAUUUGUCUUAUUUAACCAAUCACCAUUUUGAUGCAAGUUCAAUAGACCAACCAAAACUAAAAUGUUUGACAAUUAUGUGCACAGCUAUAGCAUAUUCUUGUCAGGAAGUCUUGCAUGAAAGCAUCUUUACGGGGCCUUGCGAAAGUAUUCGGCCCCCUUGAACUUUGCGACCUUUUGCCACAUUUCAGGCUUCAAACAUAAAGAUAUAAAACUGUAUUUUUUUGUGAAGAAACAACAACAAGUGGGACACAAUCAUGAAGUGGAUCGACAUUUAUUGGAUAUUUCA